ACUUCAUCAUGAAUCUGCCACCCAACUUCGCUUUACACGGAAUUCCUGAGCAACUGAUAAGACAAAAUGCUUUGAAUCCAGGUUUUCUGCCAGCAAGCAAUUGGCAAAUUGAGAAACAGCAUUUUACAUGUCCUGUUUGCUUGUUUACCUGUGAUACAUGUAGUAGACUCCAGGCUCACUUCCAAGAGACUGGACAUAAACCGACCACAGAGGAAGUGGUUGAGAAAGUGCAGAAUGACCCUCCACAGUUCAGGUCAGGCUGGGUGAAAAGCAAGCCACCAAAGCGUAUACAGUUCUUGAAAGAUUAUAUGAAACAAGCCGACAGAGAGCCUCUCAUUGGAGUGGAAUACGUGACAGAAUACAGAGUUCAAACUAAACCAGAUAAGUUUGAGACGAAGUACAAAUGUGAAAUCUGCGAUUUGGAAACAGACUUACUUCCCCUGAUAGAACAUCUUACAGGCUUCAGACACAGACGGCUCUAUGUGGCCAAAGAAUAUCCAUAUGUAUUGAAAGCACAAUUCCCCUCUAAAGAUCGAGCUCAGUUUCUGAAAAGAAUGGCUUUGGAAAUAGAGCGGGAAGAGGGGACAAGGAUGUAUAAGAUUGAUCCAGCAACAAAGCUGGAGUCAUUGUUGACAUUACAAAUACCUGAAAAAGAAGCAGAAAAAAAAUCCAGAUGGGAUGUUGUGGAAAAAAAUCGUGAACAAAGAAUUAAGAAAGCUCUAGAAUAUCUGGAAAACUUUGACAUUGAGUCUGAGUCAGAAAGCACUAUUGUAACAAAUCUCACCCAGAAGCUGACUGCAGCCUUGAAAGAAUACAACACUGUAACAAAAGAAAAAACUCUUUUCCCUGUCAAGCUUGCCCAGGCGAAGGAUGUGGCUUUAGCUAUAAUGCAGCAUUCUGCAAAUGUAAAAAAUGUCCCAAAAGUCUCUGCAUCAGUCCCAAAACCAGUCUCUGCAUCAGUCCCAAAACCAGUCUCUGCAUCAGUCCCAAAACCAGUCUCUGCAUCAGUCCCAAAACCAGUCUCUGCAUCCUUUCCAAAGUCGGUCCCAACAUCCUUUCCAAAGUCGGUCCCAACAUCCUUUCCAACGUCGGUCCAAACAUCCUUUCCAACAUCAGUCCAAACAUCCUUUCCAACAUCAGUCCAAACAUCCUAUCCAACAACAGUCCAAGCAUCCUAUCCAACAACAGUCCAAGCAUCCUAUCCAACAACAGUCCAAGCAUCCUAUCCAACAACAGUCCAAGCAUCCUAUCCAACAACAGUCCAAGCAUCCUAUCCAACAACAGUCCAAGCAUCCUAUCCAACGUCAGUCCAAGCAUCCUAUCCAACGUCAGUCCAAGCAUCCUAUCCAGCUUCCUAUCCAGCAUCCUAUCCAGCAGCCUUUCUAGCAUCCUAUCCAACAGCAGUUCCAACAGCGGUCUCGACAGUCCAAACACCAUUCCUACCAUCAUUUCCACCACCAUUCCCACCACCAUUCCUACCACCAUUUCCCCCACCAUUCCCAACAACAGUCCCAACACCAGCCCCACAUAAGCAGAAUACACCUGUUGCAAAGCAGAAUAAUCCUUUUGUAAGACCACAGCUGAACGUGAAGCCUGCAGAAACCACUGUGGCGAAUAAGAAUUUGGGCAUUCUAGGGCCAGCACCAGGUUCCCUCUUUCAUCCCAUAGGGACACAGCCAGGAGGCAAUCAAACAAGCCCUUCAUUACUAACAAAUAGCAACAGUUAUGUUCAACCAGUCCAAAAUGUAAAUAACCAUGAAUCUUUCCUGUCGAAUGCUACAAAGAUUACUGCUAAUUUACCCCAACCUGAAUCGGUACCUGAUAAUCAGUUAAGCUCAGAGGACUUAACAUUUUUCAAGAAAUUAAAGACACUGCUGGAAGUACUACCCAAUGAAAAACAAAACACAAGAAAUAGUCAAAUGGAUUCAAAAUUAUUCAUGUUAAAAGAAUUGUUGCUGGAUAAACCACCAAGCAUGGACAACACACAAUUAAACCACCAACUGAUGACACAGAUUUCUUCCCUAUCACAUGAUUCUACAAGCACAGACAACAAUCAAUUGAGACAGCAACUAAUGAUGCUAUUGGCAACAUAUGAAAUUGAUCCAAACUUGAAUAAUCAGCAAGAUUUUACACAUACUAAUGACAGUUAUCAAGAUUUUCAAUAUGCUGCUCCAAGUGAAGACACAUUUAACAAUAUUAAUUACCAACAGCCUCUUGAUGUUUCCUGUGACACUGUGAGUGUAGAUAUUGCCUCUGACAUUGAACCCUACAAGUCACAAGAAAUAGUCUCAGAAGUCUAUUCCUAUGACAGUACAUUGGAUAAUCGUAAUGCCUUGUCAUACAGUGAGCCCUCUGUAACAAAACAAGAUUACUCUCCUAAUCCUCAUGAUCAAUACAUAGAUGAACCACGUUCUGGAACUUAUACAAGAGUAACCCUUUCUCCCACAAUAUUAGUACCAUCCCAUCUGCAUGAUGAUUACAGACAGCAAGACUUGAGUUACAGGAGGAGAGAGGUUUCUGCGCGUGAUAUUUUGUAUGAAGAAAGAAUGCCUGGUUAUCGUUCAAGCAGAGAUUUGCUUGAUGAGUCAGAUCUAUCACGUAUACCGUAUUCUGAAAGGAGGAGAGAACGAAGACUCCCAGAGAUAAGGCAUAACCGUGAGGAAUACCACUUAAGGCCAUCUCAUUUUUCUGAGAGACACCUUUCAGAUCCUGAAUUUCACGAAUCUGAACUUAGAGGAAGAAGCAGAGUUCUUGAAAGAGAUUAUUUUCAUUCUUCCAAGCGUCCAAGGCUAGACGAUAUCGGUUUGAGUCCUCUAGAUUUAAACAGAGAAGGCCUUUCUGCUGAAAUUUUGAGGAGAAUUCGUGGAAGAGACUUAUUUACAGCUUCCGCAAUACUGAGCGAAUAUGCAGAAAAACGCUAAUGAAACUCAAAAAGAAAAAAAGGACUGAUUCUGAUAAACUGCUAGAAGAUUAAGCAAAAUCCUGGAAAUGUAUCAUCAAUAUUGGAGUCUUGGAAUCCUGUGUAUAUAUUUUGCAUACUGGUUGUUCACAAAGGAAAUAUUUACUGUUUUCUGUUACCUUAAAUGCAGCAUUUCUUUUUACUGUUUUUAAACACCCUAAUAGAUAACAUAGUGUAUGUAAAAGUGAAUAAAAAAGAUUGCUCAAACACAGAA